CGGUGUUGCGUUAGCUGGGCGGGAACUGUGUGACGUCACAGCAGAUGCCACUGAUGGGUUUAUAAGAUCCUGAUUUCUGUGCGUCCACUGAGUGCUGCUGACGCUGUCCGUCUGGAGCUUUUGAGUUCAAGUGCAUUGAGGACCGUUUGUUGAGAGCUGAAAAAUGUGUGGUAUCUGGGCUUUGUUCGGCAGUGAUGAGUGCCUGUCAGUUCAGUGGAGUAGUGCCAUGAAGAUCGCCCACCGAGGGCCGGAUGCUUUCCGCUUUGAGAACGUCGACGGCUACACCAACUGUUGCUUUGGCUUCCAUCGGCUGGCCAUUCUGGACCAGUUAUAUGGCAUGCAGCCUUUACGUAUAAAGAAGUUUCCUUUCUUGUGGCUCUGCUACAAUGGGGAAAUCUACAACCAUCAUACACUGAGGAAGCAGUUUGAUUUUGACCACCAGACCGAAGUGGACGGUGAGAUUUUACUUCACCUAUACGACCGCUUUGGCAUCCAGAAAAUGGCCUCCCUGCUGGACGGUGUGUUUGCAUUCAUUCUACUGGACACUUCCAACAGGAAGGUUUAUUUGGGACGGGACACAUACGGUGUGAGGCCUUUGUUCAAGCUUCUCACGGACGAUGGAUUCCUCGCAGUCUGCUCUGAGGCCAAAGGACUCACAAACCUGAGCUAUGCCAUGGAAACCCCGGUCAAAAUCGUCCCUUUUCUCCCUGGGCACUUUGAGGCCUUUGAUUUGAAGCAGAAUGGAAAAGUGCGCUCUGUUCAGAUGGAAAGGUUUCACCGCUGUACGCAGGAGCCCGCACAUGCCAUCUGCGACACCUUGGAGACACUACCAACAAGCUUUGAUGAGGAAACAGUGAAGAGCAACAUCAGAGCCCUUUUCGAAAAUGCUGUGAAGAAACGGCUAAUGGCCCAAAGGAGGAUCGGCUGUCUUCUCUCAGGUGGUCUGGACUCCAGUUUGGUUGCCGCCACACUGGUCAAACUGGCCAAAGAGGAAAAACUCCCGUAUCCCAUCCAGACAUUUUCUAUUGGCUCAGAUGACAGUCCUGACCUAUUAGCAGCUCGCAAGGUUGCUGCUCACAUUGGAAGUGAACACCACGAGGUGAACUUCACCGUUGAGGAAGGUGUCCAAGCGGUCGAGGAUGUCAUCUUCCACCUGGAGACCUAUGACAUCACCACCAUACGUGCCUCUGUUGGGAUGUACUUGGUGUCCAAAUACGUCAAGGAGAAAUCCGACAGUGUGGUGAUCUUCUCUGGAGAGGGUUCUGAUGAACUGACCCAAGGAUACAUUUACUUCCACAAGGCUCCAAAUCCAAAAGCGGCCGCAGAGGACAGCUUACGUUUGAUGGAGGAACUCUACCUGUUUGAUGUUCUGCGUGCUGAUCGCACCACAUCUGCACAUGGUCUGGAGCUCAGGGUUCCCUUCCUGGACCACAGAUUCACAGCGUACUACCUCUCCUUGCCAGAGGACAUGAGAAUCCCCAGGCAUGGAGUUGAGAAGUAUCUUCUGAGAGAUUCCUUCAAAGGUCUUGACUUGAUCCCCGAAGAGAUCCUGUGGAGGCGCAAAGAAGCCUUCAGUGAUGGAAUGAUGUCCCUCAAGAAGUCCUGGUACUGCUUCCUGCAGGAGCAUCUGGAGUCCAUGGUGAAUGAUGACCAGAUGGAGAAGGCUCACAAGACUUUCCCACAUUUGCCUCCCUCCACCAAAGAGGCUUAUUACUACAGACAGGUAUUUGAGAAGUUCUUUCCAAACCGGGCGGAGUGGCUUUCCCAUUAUUGGAUGCCACGUUGGAUCAAGGCAACAGACCCAUCAGCCAGAACGCUGUCUAUCUACAAACAAGACAAAGAUGAGUGAUUGGCUAAAAGAGGAGCGUGUUUGUCCGCCAGCUUUAACAUUAUCAUCCUUAUGUUCUGACUGUGUCAGCUGUAGCUCAGAGUAUUUUAAUUACGAUCACGUACAACGUUGUGUAUACAACCACUGCAUUUGUCUGAUUUUUUUUUUAUUUUCAGACGUUUUCAGGUGUAAUUUCAAAUGUUUUUUUUAAAUACACUUACUGUACUACACGUGCUUCAGAUGAUGAUGGUAAUAAGAUGAUAUUAAUGUUUUAAUUCAGUGGCAGAAAAAAAUAUGCUUGAUUGGUGCCGGGCCGCACAGAAAGAGUGCGUAACUUAAAUUAUUUCCAUUUGAUUUAUUAUCUGAUACUGAACGAUGUUUUAUUUUGAAAAAUUCUCUCCACCGCAUGUGUCUAUGACUCACACUCGAUACAUGUCAAUAUGCUAGCCUUGGUCACGUCUUACCUACAUCCACUACCUCCUUAAGCUCCGGCAGGUAACACAUGAUACAUUACCGCUAAAUGGAAAUCGCCAAGCUAGCAAAAAUAAACAAAACGCAAACGUCUUUGGGAACAAACAUUAAUUAAUGUAGAAGUUGGUUAGUAAAUAACGGUUAAAUAGUUUAAGAAAUGACUACAAGAGUUUUUGAACAACCUUGUAAACACGAAGGAUGGUACACCUGUGUCUUUGAUAUAAGUAAACAUUAGUAAACGAGUUGACUGCCUUUUUUUUUCCAUCGAAACUGUGAAUGAAGGUUGUAUUUGCCGCAAUUAUUCCUAACCCUUGUAAUUCCGUUAUAUUUUCAGUUUAAAAAAUCUGUUCUAAAGAUCAUAAAUAAAAAGAAAAUAGUUGAAAAACA